UGAUCCAGGACAGGGGCUUCCACGUUACCAUGGAUGGUUAGCCCCUCACAGGAAGCUCUUGUCAAGCUGAGCAGUUGUCAUUGUGGUCACCCAGGGCCCCUCACAGGCACGAGGAGUUCCUUUGACAGCUGUGCCUGGUAUGCUGCCAAGACUAGGAACUUAAGCCAGAAAGCCCCUGCCCGGAUGGCAGCAGUUGUUCUAGGUGGAGACACCAUGGGCCCUGAGCGUAUCUUCCCCAAUCAGACUGAGGAACUAGGGCCACAGCAGGGCCCUACAGAAGGCACCGGGGAUUGGAGCAGUGAGGAGCCUGAGGAAGAGCAGGAGGAAACGGGGGCAGGCCCAGCUGGCUACUCCUACCAGCCCCUGAACCAAGAUCCUGAACAAGAGGAGGUGGAGCUGGCACCAGUGGGGGAUGGAGAAGAUGUAGUUGCUGAUAUCCAGGAUCGGAUCCAGGCCCUCGGGCUUCAUUUGCCAGACCCACCAUUAGAGAGCGAGGGUGAAGAUGAGGAGGGAGCUACAGCAUUGAGCAACCACAGCUCUAUUCCCAUGGACCCAGAACACGUAGAGCUGGUGAAAAGGACGAUGGCUGGAGUAAGCCUGCCUGCACCAGGGGUUCCUGCCUGGGCUCAGGAGAUAUCAGAUGCCCAGUGGGAAGAUGUGGUACAGAAGGCCCUCCAGGCCCGGCAGGCAUCCCCAGUCUGGAAGUGACCACUCUGAGAGCUGCCUUAUCUCCCUGCAUUCCAGGCCAGAACCAACACAGGACUGAACACAUCCCUGGUUGUACUGUUCAUCUCCAUCCUCCCCACCUCCCUUUCCACAUCAAGGCGAAUCAGACCUCUUCUCAGAGACCCACUUUAUUCAGUUCUGUACAUAUGGGGACAUCGGCCCAAGCCCAACCCACCGUAGCAUGUAUCACUCUGUGGAGAAUAAAGCACCCUAUGUACACA